GGACGAUCAAGCAAGAAGACAGCAAUCGACAGCGAACUACUUCUGCCCAUUAACCACCGCCUGCCGCCAGGUCCGAACACUCGACGCGCGCCGCUUGCAUUGGCGAAGCCAUACACCAUCGUGUGUCUCCGCGCAUUCGUACCUCCACACAGACGGGGCAACUCCAGCUCUCUGUCUGCUGCCACUACACCGUUUCCCCAGCCCUGUCACCUUCACGUCUGCACAACACCAGGAACACACUCAUCUCGCGCGCCUAUUCAUAAAACCAACAUACAAACUGAUGACGAGAUAAGCCAGUCUUCAAAACACCAGUUGCUGUUCGCCAUCUCUGGCCUGGCUGCUGUGGCAGCAUUGCCCCUUGCGCGCCAUGAACAAUGGAGGAGCCGUGGGAGACCAUGGCGCAACGCCGGGCACCGAGUACACGUUGCAGGGUAUCAUGCGCUUCUUGCAGAUGGAGUGGCACAACCACGAACGGGCGCGCAAUGCCUGGGAGAUUGAGCGCGAAGAACUCAAGCAGAAGGCCAGCAAAGAUGAAGGCCAGCUCAACAAGCUAAGACGGCAGGUAGAGGCCUUGGAGAAGCACGUAAAAAUGCUAGAGAUGGCGUUGAAGGCCGAGCGCAAAAAAUCCAAGGCGCUAGCUGCCGGUGACAAAGCUGCUGCUGCUGCUAGCAGUGGCAGUGAGGACGUGGCCUCCAAUGACCUGAAGAUUAAAACGGGCAAAGAUGACGCAUUGAACAGUAAAGCUGUGGAAAAACCCACGAAUAAACCGCAUAAUUCGUUCUUGCAGACUGACGUUGGGUCAAAAGAGCUUGAUCAUGAUGUCCAACUUGACAGAUCACGCAAAUACUUGUCAAAAUGUGUGGAGGAAAUCACAUAUCUGCUCUUGCCACCCUCGCAUCCGCCCCCAAUGAGAAUGGAACAACAGCCAAUGUCAUAUCCGCAAGAGCCUCAGGGCAUGACUAUGGAGGAUGUCUUCCGCCAGAAGAGUGGGCAAGCGAAUACAAGUUUCCUGCAGCAUGGUCCGAGCCAUCAACCACCUCCAGUUCCUUCUGCACCGGAGACAGCCAAUCUUUCUCAGUCAACUCAUCAACCCCUGCAGGCUGAAAUGAUGACACGGGAACUAUCAGGCCAUCAUUCGAAUUCAUUGCUUUCCUCCCAGUUCAACUCCGCUAACACCCAGUCAAACUUCCAGCCAAAUAUUCAGGAGAUGGAAAAAGCAGCUGAAGAAUUUAGCAGCUUCACACACACGACAUCGAAAGAUGACGAACCCAUUCUUACCAACAAUAGACAAGGCAUACCUGAGGGUCCGGAUGGUUUCAUCUUCGACGAGGCUCCUGAGGGGAUCCCUGAAAGUGCGCCACCUCGACGACCUGAUCAGGAUCUGUUUCCAAGUGCUAGCAACAUUCCGGUCAAAUCGCCUCCACGGACGACGCUUGGCUCUCAUCGAAGGAAAAGCUCUGGUUCGACGGGCAUGGCAAGACGGCGAAGUCAGGAACAACAUGAAGCAGCCGAUUCCCUGACGAGAGCUGCUGCGAAGCAAGAUCCUCAUACGUUUAAAGUGAAGUUUGCGCUGCGGGGUCAUCUUGAUGUUGUGCGUUCUGUUAUCUUCACCGGAGGCGGCAGCCCUUCUGAACCAGAGAUUUGCACGGCUGGCGAUGAUGGUAUGAUAAAGAGAUGGAUUAUACCAGCAAACUACGGGAACUACAACCAGCAUGGGAACGGUAAUGACCUCGAUAUUCAGAGCUACUUUACCCAUAGAGGGCAUGAAGGUGUGGUCACUUCACUUGCGGCGUGUCCUGCGUCAGCGACAUUUUCAACUGGAGGUCGAGUUUCUGGCGACGGCUGGAUCUUCUCUGGCGGCCAGGAUGCCACUGUAAGAGUCUGGGAACGUGGACGGGUGGAUCCCAAAGCCACACUUGAGGGCCACACUGAUGCUGUUUGGGCUGUCUGUGUGCUGCCAGCAACUAGCGCAUCUGUCUUUGGCCAGGACUGCAACAAUUUCGGAGGGCCCGACAGAGUUCUUCUCGCCUCCGGCUCUGCCGAUGGCACCAUAAAGAUUUGGGCCGUUAGCGCACCACCACAGCUCACAUCGCCCUCGACGUCAGGCUCCAGACGAGGCGUUGGCGGCACACGUAGACACAGCGUCACGUCGGGAAGCAAUUUUCCUUCGAGCCCACAGCCUAGCACGGCGACAAAUACACCGUUCCACUACACUCUCGUGCACUCCAUCGAGCGUCUUGGCCUUCCCAGUCCAACGUGCAUCGCGCCAUUAGCUCCUACCGGCGAGAAUUUUGUAGUGUCUUUCACGGAUGCCAAAGUGCUUAUUUAUGACACGCGCACCGGCGAAGAGAUCAUCGGUAUGGCUAGUGACGAGACGUAUGAAGGAACGCCGAAGACUGGCAUUAAUGCUAUCGUUGCAACAAGCGUGGGCCUAACCGAAGGCCCUGAGGGCGCUAGAGGCAUCGAGCAUGGUGACGAUAGCGUGGUGCAUGCUGCAACAGGAUCGAGUGAGCGAGGCGGCGUGGAAGGCGUCGUCGUCAGCGGGCAUGAGGACCAGUUUAUUCGGUUCUUCGAUGCUAAUUCUGGUCAAUGCACAUACUCGAUGAUCGCUCACGCCAGCGCUGUUUCUUCCCUGUCUUUGAGCAAAGAUGGCCGCGAGGCUGUGUCGGCCGGUCAUGAUGCCAGCAUUCGCUUCUGGGAUCUAGAGAAGCGGGUAUGUAUGCAAGAGUUCACCAGCCAUCGGAUUAUGCGCGGGGAAGGCGUGUGCAGCGUAGCGUGGAGCCAGGACGGUCGGCUCGUCGUAUCGGCUGGAGGCGACGGCGUCGUCAAGGUGUUUGUGCGGUAAACGAGGACCUCUCAACCAUUUCUUUGUGGAAUGAAUGCUGCUGCUCUUUUCUUCGAAGGAGCGGAGACAGUGAUGCGAUCCUAUUCACAAAGGGGCAUACGAUCCAGUACCGCCAAUGACCGUUCGCUCGUGUCGGCGAGCAGGCAAUAGGAGACGCAUAACGAAUGUUUACGGAAGGAGUGACGGUUUGCCGUUAUAGACCAUUGAUGUGUAUAUGUGUUUGUGUGUGUGUAUGCGGCUCAUUCCUCGCUUCUUUGGGUCUUGGAGCAUGUCUGGAGAAUGAACCUUUCUUCGGGUAGGCACAGGCAUUGUGAGGGGCGUUUCUGUUCAAUUCAAAUAAUACAGCAUUGGUUUUUUUUUGGUUUGCAAA